AUGUCGAAAAAAAAAGAGACGCGACACUCGCUCACCGUUCCACCAAAACGAAUCACAGACAUCAAUGGAAAGACGUAUCACAUCAAUCAACCUCAAGUAAAAAUCAUCCAAACAAUCGAAGGAAAAGAGUUUGGCGUUUCCUUUUCAGCUACACUGACCCCACAAGCUAUUAUCACCGAGGCCUCACAGCAACAACUUGUGUCACCAACCUCUCAGAAGAGGCUUUGUCUAUACAAACUUCCAUAUUUUUUCUCAGAGAUGAACCAACAGAUCAAA